AUGAUACAAAGAAAACGAGCUCUUCAACAAAAUGCCAUAUUUUUAAAACAAAAUCCUGAUGAAUCGCAUCUUACAAUAGAUGAGUUACGUGAAAUGGCUUGUAGUGACAAAUCAUCUUCUUUCAUGUCUAAACUUUCUAGAUAUGUAGCAAAUAUCACUGGGAGCUCAGCAUAUUGGUAUAAAAUAAGAGAAGAUUUAAAAGCAAUCAUUUUAGCAAAAGGUGCCCCAACAAUUUUUUUUACAUUUUCUUCUGCGGAUCUUCAUUGGCCUGAGUUACAUUCCCUUUUUUCUUCAAAUGUCGAUAGCUUGAGUGUGGAAGAUAGGCGAAAAAAUGUUAUUGACAAUCCUCACCUAGUUGAUUGUUUUUUUACCAAACGGUUUGAAUCAUUUCUAAAGCACUGGCUAUAUGAUACAAUGAAUGCUGAGUGGCAUUGGUACCGAUAUGAAUUUCAAGCUCGAGGUAGUAUCCAUUGCCACGGCACUGCAAAAUUAAAAUCUGAUCCAGGUCUUUGUAGACUCACAGAAAGAGCUCUUAAAGGUUUCAUAGCUGAGAAACAGAAAAAAUGUCCAGAUACAUGUAACAUUCCUGUUUCAGUAGAAAUUGAUGAAGGACAAAAAGCUGCAAAGGUUAUUUGCAAUUAUGUAGACACACUAAUCAAUACGUGGAAUCCAUUUCCACCUGAGUCUGAACUUUGGACAAAACUACUGGUUCAUCCUUGUGCAAAAAAACACAAAAAUAUUCCAGACUCUGAACGGAAUAAUGAUUAUUCAGAUCUAGUAAACACUGUUCAACGCCAUACCCAUUGUAGCACAAAAUAUUGUCUAAGACAUGAGCCAAACAAAGAGGGGCUUUAUUGUAGAUUCAAAUACCCAUUUGAUUGUUGUAGUGAAACUAGACUUGAAUUUCAACAAAUGCAUACAAAGGAUAAAAGUGUACAGUACAAAGCAAAUAUAGUUACUAGAAGAAAUGAUCCUAGAUUAAAUAACCAUCAGAAAAUUCAACUUGAGGGAUGGAGAGCAAAUUGUGAUAUCCAAGUAAUACUUGAUUAUCAUGCAUGCAUAGAAUAUUUGUGUAAAUAUGCUGCAAAAGGUGAACCCAGGUCCAACAUGUUGAAAAACACAUUCAACUCAGUAGUGCAUAAUCUAAAUUCAUGUAGAGAUCCCUUGAAGGCAAUGAAAAAAAUUAUGAUAAUGACACUAGGAGAAAGAGAUUUUAGUGCACAGGAGACGAUGCACCUACUACUUUCAUUAAAAUUAUACAGUUCAUCAUUUGAAGUUUUACCAGUGAACUUAAAUGGAUCUCGUUUUGUUAAGACAAAUCUGAAACAAACGGAUAGUCUGUGUACAAAUGAUUCUUUAUUGGAUAAAUAUGCAAAACGUUCAAUUUUUCAGGAUGAAUUUCCACAUGUAAUGAAAAUGAGUUUUGUUGAAUUUGUCACAAUGUACAAGACUGUAAAAAAUAAGCUUAUAAAACGGUCACCAAAUGUGAUUCCACGUUUCUUCCCUUGUUACUCUUCAAAUCCAAAAGGGAUCAAUUAUCCACUAUAUUGUAAAUACCAGCUUUUGAAGUAUAAACCUUGGAAAUGCUCGCAAAAUGAUGCAUGGGAUAACCAAGAACAUUCAGACACUACUUUUGUAAAUUCUUGGCUCAACUUUUUAAAUUCUCCAUUUGCAAACCAGCAUGUGCCAGAUUGGGAAAAGCAAUUACAGAAUGUGUUAGAUAAUGUUGUGCAACAAAGCAAUGAAUUAUCUGAAAAAAAUAAAAGCCCUGAUCAAGAAGAAUGGAUGAUUCUUUCUAAUUAUCAUAAGCUUAAUGAAAAUCCCCAUACCAACAAUAAUACACCAUGUGAUUGGCAUUUAGAUUCUGCAAAGUACACAACCCAGCAGAUUGAUGAAAUGCCAAACUGGGUCAAAGUGAAAAAGAGUGACUAUACUGUUCCUUCAAGUGACAACAAAGUUGAUACUAGUACAUUUACUGAAAUGCAACAGCAGGCAUAUAAGAUUAUUGUAAAUCAUUAUAACAAUGUCGCACCUAAAGAACCACUCUGGCUUGUCAUUAUUGGUGAAGGGGGGACAGGAAAAAGUUUCCUUAUUAAUGCUGUAAGAAACUAUUUAAAGGAGAAGUGUAUUGUGACUGCUACAACUGGCAAGGCAUCAUUUAACAUAAAUGGCAUAACCAUUCACUCAUUUUUGAAACUUCCAGUUGGUAAAAUGUCCCAAAAAGAUUUGUCUGGCCAAAGCCUAGAUAAUUUGCAAAAGAAUUUGUUGUCAGUUGACUAUAUUGUAAUUGAUGAAUACUCUAUGCUUGGUCAAACUACAAUGGGAUGGAUUGAUAAACGUUGUAGGCAGGCUACUGGAUUAAAAGAUAAGUUGUUUGGUGGGAAAUCCAUAAUUUUAAUUGGAGACCCCGCCCAACUUCCUCCCGUUGGUGACAAGCCGUUGUAUCAUAGUAAACCAUCUAAUCCGAUUGCAGAACAAGGUUCUCUAGCAUAUAAAAUGUUUAACAAUGUAGUUAUACUAGAUGUUAAUCAAAGGAUAAGGGGUAGUCAACAUGAUCAAACAUUAUUUAAAGGCAUCUUGUCACGACUGCGAAUUGGAGAAUUAAGUUGUAAUGACUGGAAACUGCUCCUUGCUAGACAGCCAACAGUUUUAUCUAACCUAAAUGACUUUAUUGAUGCUACUAGACUAUAUUACAGCAAUGAUGAAGUUGCAAAAUUUAAUUAUGAUCACUUAAUGCAGUUAGAAACUCCUAUUGCAGAAAUUUGUGCUAGACACUCUGGUAGCAAUGCGAAAAGUGUGAGUGCUCAGGAAAUGUUUGGUUUGCAACCUACUAUUUUAAUUUGUAAAGGUGCUAAAGUUAUGUUAACAAUGAAUUUAUGGGCUUCAGUAGGCCUCUGCAAUGGGGCAUCAGGAACUAUUGUUGAUAUUAUUUAUGCAAAAGAUCAUCAUCCACCAGACUUACCUAUUGCUGUUUUGGUGAAGUUUGAUGAAUACCGUGGUCCAAACUUUUGUAGCAUUCCUUUUUGUGUUCCCAUUCCUCCAGUAACUGCAUCCGUAAACAUAGAUAACAAAACUCUUGAAAGACAGCAAUUACCAUUAACACUUGCUUGGGCAUUGACCAUUCAUAAGAGUCAAGGUAUGACAUUGGAGAAAGCAUGGGUUGAUAUCGGUAAAAAAGAAUGCACGUUGGGAAUAACAUAUGUGGCAUUGAGUCGUGCACGCAAUUUGACAUCUUUGGUAAUCGAACCAAUGACUUAUGACAGACUUAGCAGUAUAAAGAAAAUGCAAUCCCUUUCGUACCGAUUGCAAGAGGAAAAGCGACUACAAGUUAUUGCCAAUUUAACACUCUAA